AUGAAAUCAGGUUUAAUCGUUUUGUUAGCUUUAAUUCCUAUUAUUUCAGCAUUUGAUGAAAGAUGUGCAUAUUAACAAUGCCCAUAAGAUUAUAGUGUAUGUAUGCAAGAAGUUUUUGGGUGUGCAUCUUAAGAAUAAGAUUGUAAAAGCGAAUGUGGUGAAACAGAACCAUGCUUUUAAUAAUGCGUUUAUAGAUUAGGAAAUAAGAAACUAAUAAAAUUGUACGUUAUAUUCAAAUAUUUAGAUAUAAUUGUUGGUAAAUAUUUUGUUAAAGUACAACCAUACCUAUACAUAAAGAAGAUUGCAAAAUCGAAUAAUGCAUAUAGAAUUUCGAAUCAGAAUGCAUGUCAAUAAAAAAUAUGAGGUCAAUUCAAUGCAUGAAUGGAUUUUCUUAAAGACAUCCCGAGUGUGAAUGUUUAAAUUAAUGA